AUGAACGUCGAUCCUCUAACCGGCAAGCCCCUCCCUUCAACCGCCAUCCAACGCAUCCUCUACCUCGCGCCCAAAGUCCACAUCUACCAGAUCCCGCCCGCAACCUCUACCAAAGGCUACCAGGCAUCGACCUGGACAGCCGAAAACAACAAGCUCCAGAUCUUCACCGCUCGAUUACGCGUCGUCGAAACCUCAAUACCGUCCAAUGAGGAGCAACAAAGCAACGAGGAUGCGGAGGAGAAGGUCACAACCACCCUCCUGCUAGAGGACCCCAAGACAGGAGAUCUGUUUGCCGCAGCGCCCUACACAAGCGAGAGAACAGUAGAACAGGCAUUGGACAGCAGCCGCUUCUUCGCCAUCACCGUCGUAGGCGAGGGGAGAAAAGCAAUACUGGGCAUGGGCUUCGAAGAACGCAGCGAAGCCUUUGAUUUCAGCAUUGCGCUGCAAGACGCCCGCCGCGUACUGGGCUUUGAACAGAACCCCGCAGCGUCGUCAUCAUCGCGUAACUCCAAAUCCGCACAAACGCCCGUCGCCGAAGAACCGAAACGCGACUUCAGUCUCAAGGCUGGCGAGACAAUAUCGAUAAAUCUGGGCGGUUUGAAGGGGAGGCGGUCGAGAUCACACGAGGGCGGCGAGAAGAACGACGAGGGCGACCGCAAGAGCGAGCAAGAUGCGCUGUUCAGCAUAAAGCCGCCGCCGGGAAGUGGAGGUGGAGGACCUGGGUUCCUGCCUCCGCCGCCCAGCGCGAAGAGCGUCAAGGAGGAGCGGAGGAGAAGCAGGCAGAACUUUGACGCUGCGAACUUUACGCCGCCGAAACAGACGGCGGAGGACUUGGGCUUUGACGAUGGCGAGUUUGGCGAGUUCCAAUAG